CAAACUACUACUCUCACAUUCAUCCACUUUUCUUCAAAGUCUUCAUCUCAUAUCCUCUUUGUUGUGUCCUCACACGAGUGUAGGAACGGCAUUAUUGUGAUGGAGAGCCAGGAUCUUUCUUCGCCACCCCACGUGGACGCAUCUCGACCGUCCCUUGGGUUCCCCUUGGGCACUGCCCUUCUCUUGAUCAUCAUCUUCACCUUGAGUGGCGUCCUCUCUUGCUGCUACCAUUGGGAUAGGGUGUGUUCCCUCCGUCAAUCUUUCUCUGAUUCCGAACCCCAAAUGCCUUCCUCACCCACCAAAUCUAAGCACUCCAAGGAAUUGAAGCAAAACAGGGGACAAAGCUUGCCAGUGUUGAUGCCAGGGGAUGAUGUGCCAAAGUUCAUAGCCAUGCCGUGUCCGUGCCAGCCUUCAAGACCAGACAGCAUCGUUGUCACCGUCGAAAUGGAGAAGCCACCGCCCAAACCGCCGCAACUACCAGUCCCUUUCUAUUUGUAAUUAGCUGCUUCCAAGGUUUCAAAAUGGGCCAAGAUUCUUCUCCACAACCACAAUUUUCAAAAUAUCAAUUAUCAAAGAUCACAGCGAAUCUUCUGGAACCACAGUAUCAUAGAUCACGACAAAACUUCUGAAACCUAAAUUUAAAAAUCUUGGCUAGUUGUGCUACUGCUUCUCAUCACAUGUUUCUAUUUCCCACCAUUUGUUGUACUAAUGUAUAUUCAUUUUGUUCACCCAAAUUAGAGUGUAAGAAAUAAAAUGCAAAAAAAAUAAAAUAAUAAGGGAUAGGUAGGGUUGCAGGUCAAUUCGUAGAUUUUGAGAUCAAUUUCAUUUGAUUCAAUCCAUCCUUGUGUAGUAUCUAAACUAUUAAGCAGUUUCUAGAUGGUGGAUAUUGCAUCUGAGACGCACGUUGAAGAUGAAGCUAUGCACCAGAGGCAUUCAGCUAGGACGAAGCAGCUACCCAAGCAUUGUGAUAUCUACCAAUUAGGAUAGAAGGGCUUGGGGAAUGGGGUAAAAGCUGUGGGUAGAUCGUAGGCAGGGAAGGUAGUUACGUGUUGUUCAUAUAGUUAGAGCUUAGCAACAGCAGCUAACCAUUUACGGUUAAGCGUGGGUCCUCACGUUAUAAAAGUUGUAACCAACUUGAAGAGGAUAUGGAUAAUCCAGAAGUUUCCUUUC